CAAUAAAUGAUGAACUUAUUGAAUGGUUAUGUUCUUGUUUACCAUCAACAUAUUCAAUUACGAGAGAUAUUGGCACAUCAAAUAUUCGUUUAUGGAUUGAUCGGUAA